CACACAUCUCACGCUGCUUCUCAGCAACUUCAACAUUUUGCGUCAUGUUGUCUGAACGGAAUAACACCAUUGGUGUAUCCUUCCCUUCGGUGGUAGCAUAGAUGAACGGGAAAGUUGGUUUCGUCGGGAAGACGCGAAGGAUAAACUCGAUCCGUCAUAGCGUUCUGCAUCACUUUUACUGCAGCAAUUCUUAACACUUCACAGCGUAAAUUGGUCUUCUUACUGCUGAAAUCAAAUCGUUAUCAUUCAAGCGUCAAGGGACUGAUGACGUAGCGUCGUCUCAUAACCUUAGCCUCAGGUCGCCGUACGACCUGCAAUGGAGACGCGCCAUCACCAACUCACCUUUCAGGGCCCUCCGCCUCACCACAACCCCUUGGGUACCACCGUCUUCCGCUCACUGGACCGGCCACCUGCCCCUUUGGCUACUUCCCUGGCCCCAUCUGUACCCCCUUUAUCGGAACCCGAAAGCCCUGACCCCGACGACAGGAGAAGCUCGUUGCAGAUUGCAGCUUGUGGAUUCUGCUUCCUGGCUGUUGCCUGCACCUCUCUCGGAGGAUUCUGGACGUGGCGUCAAGAGACGCGUUUGUUAGGUAUCGUCUUCCUCGUGGUCGGAGCCGCGGCAAUCCUGGCAACAACGCUUUUUGUGCCUGCCAGCCGCAAAGGCAAGCUUCCGGCACACCGUCGAGCUUUGCCUUUGCUAUUGGCCCUGGUCCUAUGGGCUGUGUCUGCUUGGAUCGUUUUCCUGGUGGUGCAAACCAGCGUCGACGGGAAAGGAAUCUUAGCAGCCCUGGCUGCAUUCCUGCUGCUCUUUUCAAUCGUUCUGUUACGGGUCGUGUGCCACAGGCGACGGGACCCUAAGGCGAGGCGACGGAGGGACUCGGACUCAGAUGUGAUCCAGCUAGAAGACUUCCAUCACGUCAACACGCAAGUGAGGGACACUCUUCGGACGCGGUUCGCGGCUGGAGACUCAUCUCCGGCGAGUGAUGUGCCCUUCGUACCAGAGGGGCGCACCAUGGUCCCGACGGCUCCGCCAGAAACGCCGCCCUCACCCGAGCAGCCACCGCCUAUGAGUUUCUCAACGUUUGUAAGGGAGGCUCCGUCGGCUCCGUCAGCAUUGCUGGACAAUCCGCCACCGUACGAUGGUGGCGAACCGCCUGUGGACGGCUGCCGGACGCCACCGCCUCCAUAUUCAACCCUUGUAUAGAGGGCGACGCACAAGGACACAUAACUGUACACCUCUAUUUGGGAUUCGCACAAUAUCUCACCUUAUACUACCAGAUGCCAAACGCCUCUCACACAGCCGUUCAGUGUCAAAGUCAACGAACGCAUUGCAGUGUGAUAGACUGACCAGAAUCAUGGAAUAAGCUCAAUCUUGCUUAUCUAAAAUGAACUUGGUCCUACAGAAGUGGAGACACUUAUCUCAGAGGUUGUGCUCGUUGGUCAAGUUUACGGCAGUCUGACUAUUGAGACCUUCUGUGCCGUGCUCUGGAUCCUGGAGUAUUGAAAGGAGCGGAUUUGCGAAAAUAUUGUAUUGGGAAUGAAGGAUGGCAGCUGUGCUACUGAAAAGUAGUUCAUUGGAUUGGUGCAGGUGGAUGUUCAAGCAACUGUGUGAGGAGCUAAGGACUCGCAUACAAAUAUUGCGCAUGAAAAACGUUACGCGACAAAAGGCUUUAUUUCCUACUUAUUCGUGUAGCAUUCUGGAAGGCUUUCACGCAAGAUCUAAUCCAGUAUUUAUGUUUUGCCCAUUUUUAACAUACUUUGAAGGCUAAAUGUACUUGACAAAUUGACAUUUGGAACAUACAUGUCAUUUUGCAUUCGAGUUACAAUGGAACUCCGCCCGUAAUUUUAGUAGUCCUUGUUCUUUGCAAAAUUGUAUUUGCUGCCUGCUAUCGCUCGGAACAUCAAUUCACCUGAGAAGGGUGAAGAUAUUAUAUGCACACCAGAGGAAUACAUAACGCUGAAGCUGAAACCUGAUCCGAUGCUUCCCAUUGCAUCAUGGUUGUGAUGUCAGCAAGAUGGUUAAGACGCUGGAAUUUAGUGCGUGCUUUUCUAUGGGGUGCGUGUGGAACAUGUUGCCCACAGAGGGGGUUGCAUUUGGAGAAGCAGCACAUACCCAGAGUAUAAAAUUUGUUUAAAAAAUCUUCGGGUGGAUGCAUGUUGGGAAGAAAAGUGAGAGAAAAGAGUUUGUUGCUAUUUGAGUUCACUCAAAAAUGAGCCAUAUCAAGAUGUUAAGUUACGUGCACAGUGUUUCAUGCAAAUUUAAGUGCCCAUUUCAAACCAGUGUUUGAUCGUGUGUAUGGUGUAAGCAAAGCGUAAGGCUAUCGCCUACACCAAAGCAUUUUAAGGUAUCAGGAUCCAGUGGUUUGAUUCAUAAAAUGUGCAAUAACUGGCAUGCCUGUGGCAACUAUAAGGGAGAGAGUAGCUAAGUUCCUCACAAUGGAUCAUAUGAAAGCAUGGCUGGUUGCCGUGCUGCCGUGAGUGGAUACACGUAAUUGACAUGUCUACUAAGCAUGGUUAUCUGUACAAGAUUGCAUGGGAGUGCAUGCAGUCUAGCUGUAUAUGCGUUG